GUUUAAAAAAAAGAGAGCAAAAAAAGCAAAAGCAAAUCUGGCGCGAUGUGAAGUUAAAGGGAAGCUAUCCCAGGAUGCUUCGAUCGGCGAUUUCAAGACGAGGCUGAAAAGAAGACUGAAUGUAAGACUAAACUAAACUGUUGAACUUGUGGACGAAACCAUUUCUUGGAGUGGCACCCCAAGGAACAUCUGGAGGCCGGGGUAUGGAUAGUUCGUCUUUUGUUCCAAACCCGUUGACCUCUCCGGCGUUGAUGGUUUUAGCAUCAACUUCUGAUAGUGGUCACGAUACCAACCGUCUCUCCAGCUCUCACCAUUUCUCAGGACAAAAUGUUGACAAGGAUCCUACGCCUGGUGCCUCUUUCAGCACCUCAUCAUUCAUGUACCGUCCAGGGGAGCCUUUCGCUCCACCACUGUACGCUCCUCUGCCGCCCUAUGUCCAGUCCAAUCACUUGGAUCGUGGAGUGAGUAUUAUCAACAGUGGUGGCGGGAGUGCUUUCCGACCUGUAGCCAGUUCCUCGGACUGUGGAGUAGAUGAGUAUCAGUCGGCAUUUUUACCAACCAAGAAGAGCAAACAAGAAGAAAGUUCAGCAUUAACAACUCUGUACAACCACUGUAACAACGCCAGUGAAAGGUUGGUGGAACAGGCCUCUUUUGGUCACUCGAGGGAGGAGAAAAGUAGUCACACCACUGUCAAAGAAGAGAGACCAUCUAGUUUAUGUUCUGGCUCAUGUGAUACAAACUCUGAGAGUCACUCAGAGUCGGGAGAUCAUACGGAACGUGCCACACCUGAUGAAGGCAGAAACUUAAGAAAACAGAGGAGACGUAAUAUUUUGGAUGGUCAAACACCAUGUUGUCCAGUCUGUGGUUUAACACUGCGAGCGGGAGAAUUUGAAGCUCAUCUAUCACUUGAAAUAGAUAAAAUUGAAAAGCUUAGCAGGGUCAAUCGCAGGUCUCGAGAAUCCACAUUACAAAAUCGAAAAAAUCUUCUAUGCCAAAAUCCAUUGGGUCGAAAAGGCAAAGACUCUCCUACUAUAGAAGCAGCUUCCCAGCAGAGAUAUGAGACCUACCAAAGGAUCAAGUGUAACAGGCAGUCAAGAUUAAGCUCUCGGAGUAGGAACAAGAAGAAAAGACCAGAGGAAGCAGUUUGUCCUAUUUGUAAUGAAAAAUUAUCUGGAACAGCUCAGGAACUUAAUGAACAUGCUGAAUUGUGCUUGAAGAAGAAGGAACAGAUUACUGAAGAUGACCAUGUUGACGUGGAAGGAGAUGAUAGUGGGGAACAGUAUGAAGAAUAUACAUGGGCAGGACAGACAAGGAUACGAGCAACAACUAUGCUUCAAGGAGGUUUUGCAGGUUCAGGCUUCCAACUGUCAAGCAGUCGUUUAUCUGUGGAUGAUGACAUUGAUUUGAAUGUUGAUGGUGACGACUCAGAGCAAUAUGGCAAGCCUCAAUACAGUGAAGUAGACAUCAUUCCUUGUUCUGCAGAUGAACCUGAAGAAGAUAGAGAAAGACAAGCCCUUCGGGGUGCCAUGCUCGGCACAACAAUUGGUUCUAUGAUGGAAUUAUCAAAUUCUACAGAAAGAGGCGAACACAAAUUUGAACCUGAACCCAGUUGUUACCAACCUUAUAAUCAAGCUGUAGACCAAGGAUCAACAUCACAUAACUUUGACCCUCGCAAUGCAAAUAAUUCUUCACAGCGGAUUAUAUCUGCACUGAAAUGUCGCUUGAAGGAGAAAGAAGAAGAAAAAACUGAAGAGAAACAUAAAUGUUUGAUCUGCAUGGAAUCCUAUAAAGUCCCUUUAACAUCAGUCCAAUGUUGGCAUGUCCACUGUGAGCAGUGUUGGCUGAGGACUCUGGGAGCCAAGAAGUUGUGUCCACAGUGUAAUAUGAUUACAUCUCCAUCAGAUCUCCGGCGAAUAUUUUUGUAGCAGAUUUUCUCCCCCAUUAACCUCACACAACUAGCUCUCUCUCUCUCUUUUUUAUUAUUUAUUUUCAAUUAUGAUUGUGUAUAAUUUACUCUCCAUACACAGUACAAAACAACACUCACUCACCCACACACCACGUCAUUGUCCCUCCAUAAGUCAGCUAUUCUAAUUACAUUGUGGUGUCUUUCCAAUUCCGGAUGCAGAGAUCUGUGCUAAAUCAUCAGGAACAAAUGGCAACAGAACUCUCUUGAAUCCUUGACCAAACAGAAAAUCACAAUAACACGAAUACUUAACACCCUUUCUUACCCUCUGGCUCUAGCAAGAUCACCAGAUGUGAGGACUGAUUUGCAGAUUUUAACAAUAAUAAAAAAAAAUAUAUAAAAUUAAAAACAAAUAAAAAAUAUAUCAAAGAAUUUAUCCAUUCGGGUAAUACAAAAAAAGAAAAAAAGAAAAGGAAACUUAUCUGCAUUCUCUUGAAUGCGAAAUACCUUUUUGGAUAUUAUACACCUCUCGGAUCUUUAAAUCUGUUAGUGAUCUUGAGGUAAAAAUCACAAAGUAGAUUCCACUUUAUAUAAUUCUCUCUACUAUUUUGACAUCAUAAAACCUUUGCUCCAACA